UUAAAACCUCAAAGAACAAGAUCAAAGCUCGGUUUGUUUUGGGAGCUGCAAACGGAAGUGGUGUACCCGCUAGUCAACUGUAUGUGGAUGAAGGGGUUUGCCUGCUCGUUUUACCGUUAACUGGGUCGUUUAUGUGUUGGCAGUCACAACGUAAAAAGGUGUACCACGAGUUACCACGAGCAGCAUGCUUCAACCAGUUAGUUAAUUGCACUGUGUGUGCAAAUGCUUUAUGUGACACAUGAAAGGACCAAACAACGUCUUUCUAUUUGGGUGUCAGUGUUUAUCAAGACUACUAUUUACAGCAAAUCUUGUUCUUCCUGCCUGACCAUCCAUGAAAUGGUGGUGUUGGUAUUAUUGUUGAUGAACGUGUGAGGAGAAAACCCUGUGGUACGCUCGCUGCACCACACACUUCCUGAUGGAUUCCAGCAAUGAUGAUGCACUUGAUAUCAUCAUCACCAAUGUGGUGGCGACCUUCAGGACUAGGUGUCACCUCAACCUCCGUACCAUUGCAUUAGAAGGAACCAAUGUCAUCUAUAAGCCGGAAGUCGGGAAAGUCCUGAUGAAGCUUCGGAAACCCAAGAUAACGGCAUCAAUUUGGUCCUCAGGGAAAAUCAUCUGCACUGGAGCAACGAGUGAGGACGAUGCGAAAGUGGGUGCUCGUAGGUUAGCACGCUGUCUGCAGAAACUUGGCUUCAAGGUGAGGUUUUCGGCCUUCAAAGUUGUGAAUGUGCUGGCAGUGUGCUCCAUGCCCUUCUCCAUCCAUCUUGUAGACUUCACCAAGAACAACCGACCCAUUGCCAGUUAUGAACCAGAGCUUCAUCCUGCUGCCACAUACAGGAUCAAACAUUUAAAAGCAACAAUACAAGUAUUCUCCACUGGGAGUCUCACAGUUACAGGACCAAAUGUGCAGAAUGUGGCCACAGCUGUGGAGCAAGUCUAUCCACUACUCUUCGAGUGUCGGAAACCCCUGAGGGAAAAACGAAAGGUGAAUUAAGGAGUCAAGAGUGACGAAGCACCUUAUCUGUGUAUUUAUUUCCUUGAUUUUCUCACUACAGUUAAUCUAACACAGUCAGAUCUUUAAAGACUCAUCAACUCACCAUCUUAAAAAAACAAAAACCCACCAGUGUUGUUGUGGACUGUGUGGCUCUUGUGAUCUUUUUUUUUUUUUUUAACAGUGUGAACAUGCAAAUGUCUUAAUGCAAAAACUGCUUCUCUAAACAACAUUUAGAUGGGAGGUGGAAGCAUUUUGCUCUUGCUCUUUAUCUGCUCAUGGUCAGUUUUGCAUGGACAAAGAAAGACCAGCUCUUACAACUGAGCCAUUCUCAUGCUUAACAGCGGUGACCGUAUCGGUAUGUUUACACUGCUUAGUGUCGCUUUUAACCAUGGAAACAACAAGUCAUCCAAUAUGCCACUGUUUCAAGAAGAGUUUCCGUCCAUAGCUUAGUUGUAGAGGCGUUAACACAAAUGCAGGAUAUUUCCUGUAUUACCGACAUUUGCGUGAAUCUGAAUCUGGACUGUCUUUAUCAGGAUAUAUCCACAUAUCUGCUCACAAUGUGCAUUCAUCUUUGAUUUGAAUUAUUUUGCACACACUCCGUGUACAUUUGUUUCUGUUUCACAACUGUGGCAUCAGGGUGUAGUUAUGUCACUUAAUUUCUUAUCAUUUCCCAAUAGUUUUCAUCCCACAGUAAGCUUUCAAAUAUGAAGCUGGUUUUAAUGUACAGAGUAAGAUUGGUGUCCUAUUUGUUGUCGGGAAAGCUUUUAGAAUAUUUUAUUUUAAAAAGGUGGAGAGUUGCUGAGCCAGCAUUACUUGGGAGUUCCUGGUGACUAAUGGCAGCAGUGGCACUGAGAAAGAACAAAAAAAGAAAUUGUUUUCUAAUAUUUGGAGGUAUAAAAUGCUUUUACAACACUGUGUAGACUUUCUCCGUCCAAAUGAGACACUCAAAAUUCAGGGUAGGAAAGGUGUUUGCAACGUGUGCAUUCCUGAGGCAUCCGCUUGUCUUUGUUGGUAUUUAAAAGCAACAUUUAACUACUAUAAGUGUUCAGUGAAAUCCUGUCCGAGUAUGAUGCUGAGCUUAACCAAGAUCUCUUCUCUUACAUGGUGGAAACUGCAAUCCUUGUCAUAACACGGCUGCUUACCCUUGUGCUGAUUAUCCAUAGAGGUAACCUAUGUAUGUAUAUGAAAAUAUGUCUGAAGUAUGUGGGAUGGAGACUUUUUGAACUAGUGUAAAAUAUGGAUGUGUGCCACUUUUUUGUACUUUGUAUAAAUUAAUAAAGAUUAGUGAUAAAACAGG